CCUACCGGUGCUUUUAAACACUGGUCAUUAUGUUCAGGUGUUCCAUAGGAAGGUCUUCUGACUUUGUAAAAGCAAUUGGAAAUGGGACCCGACUGGGACUGCAAUGCAGUGCACGUAGUGUUAGCUAUGUCUUGGGCAUUGAGACCUCCUGCGACGACACGGGAAUAGCCAUUGUGGACACCUCCGGCAACGUGAAAGCAAAUGUUCUGGAGUCCCAACAAGAAUUUCACACACGCUAUGGCGGAAUUAUCCCACCUCGAGCGCAGGAUUUGCACCGCGCUCGCAUCCAAUCUGCUUACCAACGCUGCUUGGAGGAAGCCAAUUUACACCCGGAGGAACUGGCUGCCAUAGCGGUGACUACGCGUCCAGGACUGCCGCUCAGUUUGCUCGUGGGCCUUCGUUUCGCCCGGCAGUUGGCCCGCCGGCUGCAAAAGCCCUUGCUGCCCGUCCACCACAUGGAGGCGCAUGCUUUGCAGGCGCGUAUGGAGCACCCCGAUGCCAUACCGUUCCCCUUUCUGUGUCUUCUCGUAAGCGGUGGCCACUGCCAGCUGGCGAUGGUGCACGGUCCCGGCCGAUUGACGCUGCUUGGCCAGACGUUAGACGAUGCACCCGGUGAGGCCUUUGACAAGAUAGCCCGUCGUUUGCGUCUGUACAUCCUGCCCGAGUACCGGCUGUGGAACGGUGGCAGGGCUAUCGAACAUGCCGCCCGCCUGUCCAGAAAUCCCUUGGCCUACGAGUUCCCCCUGCCGCUGUCCCAGCAACGCAAUUGUAAUUUCAGUUUCGCCGGGAUAAAGAAUAACUCAUUUCGGGCUAUCCGGAAGCAGGAGCGCACGGAGCGAAUGCCUCCCGAUGGAAUCAUUAGUAACUACGGCGAUUUUUGUGCCGGACUGCUGCGGGCAGUCAGUCGUCAUCUGAUGCACAGAACGCAACGUGCCCUGGAGUAUUGCCUGCAGCCACAAGUUGGUUUUUUUGGUGAUAGCCAACCAACUUUGGUCGUAUCCGGAGGUGUGGCGAACAAUGAUACCAUCUUUGCGAAUAUUCAGCAUCUGGCGGGGCAGUACGGAUGUCGCAGUUUCCGCCCCUCGAAGCGUUAUUGCUCCGACAACGGCGUAAUGAUUGCUUGGCACGGAGUAGAGCAGUUGCUUCAGGAUGGGGACUCCAGCCUACGCUUCGACUACGACAAGGUUGAUAUCCAAGGCAGUGCUGGAUUUGCCGCAUCGUGUGAGGACAAAGUCGCAGAGGCUGCCAUCAAGUGCAAGUGGAUACAGCCAUUGGCAUAAAUGUACAAAAGCAACUCACAAAAAACCUAAAAACAGUUUUCUGAGAAAUCUGAGUAAAUUAAGAUUAUAGAUACAGCUUUAAGAUUGCAUUUAUUCAGUUUCAUUGAUGCACAGUGUAUCAUAAAAUAUUUUCAAAUUGUAGCUUUUUGUCCGUUAAAAAAGGUCUAAAGGUCUAUUUCAAAUAUUGAGCAAGGACUCAAACCAUAUCAAGGUUUUGCCACACUCUUAUCGAUAAUUUUCUGUAUCAUUACUGUGUAUAAAAUUACUGUUUUCAAUAUUUAAUUUUAAAAAUAGGUUUACAUUUAAUGGUUCUAAUUAUUAUUAGGCGUAUGAUUAUCUUCAAUCGUUUUUAUUACUCUUAAAAAUAUGUAAAUGUUCUAAUUAAUGCUAUGGGAAGUAGCUUGGCGCAAAGAUUAAUUAUUUCUACAAAUUAAAAUACAAGUUAAGUUCUUGUUAAAGGU